UACAUCGAGUCACAAUGACAACUGUGAGAAAGCGCGUCUGACGGCGAGCAUGAAACCAAAGAAAACAAUAUGAUAAACUGUGAGAGAGAUAUCCAUAAUAUUGUAUCAAGGGACUGUUUUGUGCAGCUUGAACGCUUAAUCGAGCCAUUCUCGAACGGGAACACUAGACAAGAACACACAAUAACAGAGGAGUAUGGUUUUGAAGAAAAAGGCGAGGCUAUGGUAUCCGAGGGUGUCUGGUCCUCGCCGUCGGUCGUCUGCGGCGCCCCUCGCAUGAGGGACUGCUGGGUGGCUCUCGAGCGCUUACAACUGCCCGGAGCAGAAACCGAGGCGGGCAACACGGACGGAGACACCGCUGAUAGCUCUGACCAACAUGUUCCAAUCCAAGUUUGCGAUCAUUGCGGCAAAAGUUUCGCGCUUAGAUCUGAUUUGAAGAAACAUGUUAUGAUUCAUAUCUACUCGCCAGCUGAAAUGGACAAAGAUGACUUUGGGCCGCACGAUCAAUCACGAGGAAGUAUUGUCAGAACAACUUUACAUGAAAAAGUUAAUGCUACAGUUCAGAAUGACGCUGAGAUAAAUACAUACGUAUGUGACAUUUGUGGUAGAACAUUUGAACAGAAACAUAACUUGAUACGUCAUAUUCAACUACACUCAUUUAACAUAACUGAAAAGACAUCAAAAAUCAAUCGAAAUCAUGUGGGGAAAGAGAAGCCAUAUACCUGCGAUCUAUGUGGUAAAAAAUAUAUACAAAAAGCAUACUUGGCAAAACACAUACAAAGACAUACUACCCAAAAAUCAUAUAAAUGUGAAAUCUGUAACAAGCUGUAUAAGAAAUCAACUGGUUUGAUUAUUCAUAAACGAACGCACACUGGAGAAAGACCGUAUUCGUGCGACAUAUGUGACAAACGGUUUUCAUAUUGGAGUGGUUUGAAGUGUCAUAAACUAGUGCAUAGUGGCGAGAAGCCAUAUUCGUGUCAAAUAUGUAAAAAGAGCUACACCGGAUCGACUGGUUUAAGGAAUCAUAUCCUUACACAUUUAGGAGCGCUUUUUCCCUGUGAGAUAUGCGAUAAGAUGUUUAAGGGAGCCGAUGGUUUAAAACAACAUUUACUCAUCCACCAGGGAGCUAAACCGUACUCUUGCGAUGUUUGUCAAAAAUACUUUCGACAAGCUAGUAAUCUAAGGACACAUCAACGAAUUCACAAGGGUGAAAGACCUUAUUCUUGUGAAAUUUGUAAAAUGGCGUUCAAUCAAUCGAGUGCUUUAAGGACGCAUAAACAAACUCACACAGGAGAGAGGCUCCAAUCGUGUCAUAUAUGUCACAGUAAGUUCGCGCGAGCGGAUACUUUGAAAAGGCAUAUGCUCAUACACACGGGGGAAAAGCCUUAUUCGUGCGAACAUUGUUACAAAACGUUCACGCAAAUGGGCCAUUUACAGGCUCAUAUCAUGCAUGUUCAUUCGACAGUAAAGGCAUACUCUUGUAACAUUUGUAAAAAAAAGUUUAAGACUCCAAGUAAUUUAAGACAACACAAAGAAGGUCAUUCUGAAGUAAAGCUGUACUAUAACUGCGAAAUAUGCCAAAAACUAUUUCUCACUCCGGGUGAGUUGAAGAUUCAUAAACGAAUCCACACCGGUGACAAGCCUUAUGCCUGUGACAUGUGUAACUACAGAAGCACGCAGUCUAGUAAUUUACGCACACACAAACGAUUGGUCCACACUAUGAAACCCUUCUCUUGCCAAAUAUGUGACAACCAAUUUAAAGAUGAACAUGGUUUAGAGAAACAUAAACGUUUACACGCAAAUUCUAAGAUGUACUCGUGUGAAAUAUGCACUUAUAGGUUUUCACGAUCAGAUCUGCUUAAGAGGCACCAACGAAUUCAUGAAAAGAAGUCGUUUUUCUGUAAAAUAUGUAAAAAACCUUUCGGCCGAUUAGAAAGUUUGAACCGACAUAACCUUAUUCACACCGGUGACAAGCCCUACACAUGCUCUAUGUGCAACUUGGCGUUCAGGUAUUCGGAUACUUUAAAACAGCAUAAAAUGAAAAUACACAGUGUAAAAAAGUUAUAAGUUAGUUAGUUAAGUUAUUAUUAGUUAUACUUUUUUAUCUUUAAUUGUACGUGUAAAAACUCGCAAAAAUAUUUGGGGGAAAUAUGAUUUUGGCCACUUCCAGUCUGCGCAACAGUGCCACCUAGUUUUAAGCCAAAAAACCCAUACAUUUCAGGGGUACGCUUCUUAUAUGGGCUUUGUCAGUCCCGUAUUAUAUCGUUCUUAACAAAAUAAUUGUUGAGUUAUUAUAGACCUCGAGUAAAAACCGAAGUAACACACAAUUUUGUUUUAUUUCCACAGCUUAAACUAUUUCACAGGAUUUUAUAACUUCUAUCGCACGUUCGCUCGUUCACCAUUCAAAUUGUUCUCCCUGUCCCUUUCCCA